UUAGAGACAGAGAGAUAGACCACUGCAGGCAAGUGGUCAUGUGGCAGUUUGACAGAUCGCUCACUAGGUGGCACUAUUUUGUUUUUCUGUAAAGAAGUCCUAAUAUACUUUCAAAUAAUUUUUAAAAACGCAUUUGUGCCUUAAAAUGCCCGUAAGUCGACUGGAUGUUGUUUAUAGAAAGUUGCUUUUAUCAAAAUUCUUUGUAAAAGGUUGGGGUGUACCUCAAACAAUAAAAAGGCUAUUUAAAUUUAGGAAAAUAAUGUCUAAUAGGGCAACAUGUUACCAACUAGUUCCAAAAAAUUAUCCAAUUACUAUACUUAGUUCACAGGAUAGAGCAAAUUAUCGGAUAAUAGAAGGCAAAUUUAAAAGUCCUUUAGGUUCACAUUUGCCCGGGGUGGUCCCAUCGGAGGUUGAAGAUGCUUAUUUUCAGAUGAUUUUACCAGUGGAAUGGCCAAGUAGUAAUUUUAAACCAAUAUGUAUUCAUUUGGCUGGAACAGGGGAUCAUUAUUAUUGGAGGCGACGUAAUGUCAUGGCAAAACCUUUAUUAAAAGAUGGCAUUGGGGCUAUAAUAUUGGAAAAUCCAUACUAUGGCUUAAGGAAACCUAAAGAUCAAAUUAGAUCCAGCGUACAUUAUGUUUCUGAUAUAUUUGUAAUGGGUGGAUGUCUGAUGCUAGAAUGUAUUGUGUUACUAAAUUGGUGUGAAGAACUGGGACUUGGACCCUUGGGAGUAACAGGAAUAUCCAUGGGUGGACAUAUGGCUUCCUUAGCAGCAGCUAGUUGGCCUAAACCUUUAGUGCUAGUCCCUUGCUUGUCUUGGUCCACUGCAUCAUCUGUUUUCACAGAGGGAGUCAUGAGUGAAUCUAUAAAUUGGGACUUCCUUCAAGAACAAUAUUUAUCUAAUAAAUUGUACUGCGAGGAACUAUCGAAAUUGUGUAAAAUUGUUGAUGACCCAUUUGCAUGCAACCUUAGUAGAAAUUUGACAGAUUACGCAGAUUAUUCAUAUGAUAUAUCAGAUCUAGUAGAUGAAUUAAAAUCGAGUUAUAUGACCCCAUACGAGUUGGUUAACCUAAUCACAAGCAAUCCUACUAACUGUCACGCAAUGAAUUAUAAAUCUUUUAGUCAUGAAAAGAAUUUCAGUACUCAGUUGAAUAGAUUUAAAAAAAUUCCAUUCCUAACCCCUAGCGAUAAAGUUAUCAAGAUGAGAAAGAGAGCGAAAGAAGCUUUGUGGUUCAUGAGGGGAAUGAUGGACGAAUGUACACAUUUAAGAAAUUUUUCUGUGCCCGUUGAUACCUCCCUUAUCAUAUCGAUAUGUGCCAAAGCCGACGGUUAUGUUCCUCGAGCAGGAGUAUCGAAAUUAGAUCAAAUUUGGCCAGGUGCAACAGUAAGAUAUGUUGAAUGUGGACACGUAGGGGCAUAUUUAUGGCAUCUUAGCAUUUUUAGGGCAGCAAUAAUUGAAGGUUUUAAUAAGGCCAAAGAAAAAAAGACCACUCCUACAAGCAAGUUGCCAUAUGUAAACUUCUAGUCAUUUUAUUGUGCUUGUUACUCGUACCUGAGCAGACUCUCAA